UCUGCUCUCGCCUCGUUUAAAUACAGUCUGACUGGAUUUAUUCAUAGCUCAAAUCUUGAUGUAGAGUGUGAUUCUCAGGCUGGAGAAAGAGAUCAAGAAGUUAGGUGACACUGAUGUUGCAGUAUGGGUUUGGAGUCCUUUUUGUCUCCUUCCUGGUAUUCGGUGUGCUGGAUCGAAGAAGACAGACUCAUUAAAGCUGCAGGAUGGCCAAAGGAAAGAAAAACAAACAGGCUAAAAGUAAAACCAUUACCCUGAAAGUGGCUCAGAACUGUGUGGAGUUGACGCUGGAAGGUAAACGUCGUCUGAAUCUCAGUUUUAAGGAGGUUGCCGUGGUGCCAAAGUGCAUCCAGAAGCUGUAUGAUGUGGAUGAACUUGACCUGAGCAGGAACCUGAUCAGAAAGGUCCCCGACUUUAUUGAAUAUUUCAUCCGCAUCCAGGUGUUGGAUCUGCACAGCAACUAUCUGGAGCAGCUCCCCGAGACUAUCGGCCGUCUCCAGAACCUGCUGGUUUUGAAUCUGUGUAACAACCGUCUGACGAGCCUCCCCAGUGAGCUUGGCCUGCUGAAGAAACUCCACACCCUCAACCUGGGUCUCAACCAGCUGGAAACUCUUCCCUCCUCCAUCGGCGCUCUGAAGGAGCUCCGCCACCUCGGCCUUUCUGACAACCAAUUCACCCGUGUCCCUGGCUGCCUUGCGAGGCUGAAUCAGCUGGAGAAGGUCAACCUGGACAGGAACCCCAUCCUCACUGAGAAGGCACCGGGCCACAAGUCACUCAUGAUAACGGAGCAGCUUUACCUGGUCAAGGAGAGCUCCCUAUGUGAGGACUGCCUGAAGAAGUGCCAGACUGAGAGGAAGAGGGUGGAGAAAGGGGACUGAAUUACUGUGUCUAACCAACAUGAAGACUCAGGAUGACAGGGAGAUGCACAGCCUGGAUCACUGUAAACUCUAAAUACUACCUAGUGAAGUGAUUUAGGUUUCACCACAGCACCAUCUGCUGACAUCCACUGGACUUACAUGAUGCAUUGGCACUGUUGUUAACUGACUUUUAUGGAGCUGGUAUCCAGUGUUUAGGGCAAAGACACUCAGUUGGGGGAAAUGGAUGCUUGUGUUUUUAACUCAAGUUAUAUAGUUUAAGUGGAUAUUUUAGCAAAAGGCCAUCUCAACCUUCGAAA